GUUAAAGAGGCCCGUGAGGAUCCAAGAUGUCUGCGCCCAUGUAAGGCUAGUGACCGGCGGCGAUUUCUUCCUCCGCUCCGGGCCCCUCUGGUACCGGGCUGAACCUGAGGACUAUGCUGGGCCGGACUCUCCGAGAAGUCUCCGCAGCACUGAAGCAGGGCCAGGUUACACCAACAGAGCUCUGCAAGAAAUGUCUCUCCCUCAUCAGGAAAACCAAGUGUCUCAACGCUUACAUUACUGUAUCAGAAGAGGUGGCCUUAAAGCAAGCUGAGGAGUCCGAGAAAAGAUACAAAGAAGGUCGGUCCCUUGGAGCUUUAGACGGAAUUCCUGUUGCUGUAAAAGACAACUUCAGCACAUCUGGCAUUGAGACAACAUGUGCAUCAAAUAUGCUAAAAGGUUAUAUACCGCCUUACAAUGCUACAGUCGUUCAGAAGCUAUUGGAUCAGGGAGCUCUACUCAUGGGGAAAACAAAUUUAGAUGAGUUUGCUAUGGGAUCUGGAAGCACAGACGGCGUGUUUGGACCAGUUCGAAACCCCUGGAGUUAUUCGAGGCAAUACAGAGAAAGGCGGCAGCGUGACGCGCAGGAGGAUUCCCAUUGGCUGAUAGCUGGAGGGAGCUCAGGGGGCAGCGCGGCCGCCGUGGCAGCCUUCACGUGCUUUGCGGCUCUAGGGUCGGAUACUGGAGGCUCCACCAGAAACCCUGCUGCCCACUGUGGGCUUGUUGGUUUCAAACCAAGUUAUGGCUUAGUUUCCCGUCAUGGCCUUAUUCCCCUGGUGAAUUCGAUGGAUGUGCCAGGAAUCUUCACCAGAUGUGUGGAUGAUACAGCGACUGUGUUAGGUGUACUGGCUGGACAUGACCCCAAAGAUUCCACCACAAUACAAGACCCUAUUAAACCAUCCAUGAUUCCCAGUGUGAUGGAUGUGAGCAGACUGUGUAUAGGAAUUCCAAAGGAAUAUCUGGUACCAGAAUUGUCAAAUGAAAUACGGUCUCUCUGGUCCCAAGCUGCUGACCUCUUUGAAUCUGGGGGUGCCAAAGUGAUUGAAGUCUCCCUGCCACAUACCUGCUACUCAAUUGUCUGCUACCAUGUGCUAUGUACAUCAGAAGUGGCAUCGAAUAUGGCAAGAUUUGAUGGACUACAAUAUGGCCACAGGUCUGGCAUUGAUGUGUCUACUGAAGCUAUGUAUGCUGCAACCAGACAAGAAGGGUUCAAUGAUGUGGUGAGAGGAAGAAUUCUCUCAGGAAACUUUUUCUUAUUAAAAGAAAAUUAUGAGAAUUAUUUCAUCAAAGCACAGAAAGUGAGGCGUCUCAUUGUGAGGGAUUUCGUGAGUUUUGACUCUGGCGUGGAUGUCCUGCUGACUCCCACCACCCUGCGCGAGGCAGUGCCGUACUUGGAGUUCAUCAAAGAAGACAACAGGACACGAAGUGCCCAGGAUGAUAUUUUCACACAAGCUGUAAAUAUGGCAGGCUUGCCAGCAGUGAGUGUCCCUGUGGCCCUCUCAAACCAAGGGUUACCAAUAGGACUGCAGUUAAUUGGACGUGCGUUUUGUGACCAGCAACUUCUGGCAGUUGCCAAAUGGUUGGAAAAACAAGUACAGUUUCCUGUUAUUCAGCUGCAAGACCUCCUGGAUGAUGGCUCGUUGGUUCUUGAAAAUGGAAAGUUAGCUUCUGUUUCUCUAACCCAGUAGUGAUCAAUGAAUCAAGCAGUUGGCUGGGAGUGGGAAGCAGGGAUCCAGCGCCAGGCCUCAGGCUCGCCAGGCAAGCCUUCUGCCGCCGGACGGACUCUCCACCGCUGUGAUGUGCAGUUAAAUGACUCUUAAGAGGCGCUGCUCUCCAGAGCGCCCAGGGAUCUUUCUCAGCCAUGUGACUGGGUUCACUUUCAACUCUGUCUGUCCUGGGAAUCACUUCUUCAAAUCUCUAUGAUGUUGUUAAUUGUAAUAUUUGUACAUUCAUUAAAUAACUAACUGUUCAAUUCAAAUACUGAAUUUUACUAUAACACAAAAAUACAAGCUCCUAAAAACAA